CAUAUUCUUGCAGAGAAAUGGAGACAGAUCUAAUGAGGAAGUAGGAUCUUGGUUUAUAAGCUACCAACUCUGUCACACUCUCUGUUGAGUAGAAAUAGAAGCACUCUUUAAUGUGGUUCUUCUCUCCAUUUCCAGAUUCUCCAUCCUUACUCAAAAGAAAAUGGCAGCAGAAAAUCACUCAACAGUGACUGAGUUUAUCCUUGCAGGAUUAACAGAUCGUACAGAAUACCAACUCCCUCUUUUCUUUCUGUUCCUUGGGAUCUAUAUGAUCACUAUGGUGGGAAACCUAGGCAUGAUCACACUCAUUGGGCUGAAUUCCAACCUUCAUACCCCCAUGUACUAUUUCCUCAGCAAUUUGUCAUUUGUCGAUCUCUGCUACUCUUCUGUUACUACUCCCAAGAUGUUAGGAAAUUUUGUAUUGGAGAAAAACACAAUCUCUUAUCGAGGGUGCAUGACUCAGCUCUAUUUUUUCAUUGUAUUUGUUGUUGCUGAGUGCUACAUGCUGACGGUGAUGGCAUAUGAUCGUUAUGUAGCCAUCUGUAGUCCACUGCUCUAUAAGGUCAUCAUGUCCCACCAUAUCUGCUUCAUACUGGUAGCCAUAGUGUAUAUAAUGGGAUUCAUUGGUUCAACAGUAGAGACAAUCCUUAUGUUGAAAUUGUCUUAUUGUAAAUUACUCAUCAGUCAUUACUUCUGUGAUAUCCUCCCUCUCAUGAAACUUUCCUGCACCAGUACCUAUGAUAUUGAAAUGGUGAUUUUCUUUUUGGCUGGAUUUAACAUCAUAGCAACCAGCUUAACAGUCCUUGUUUCUUAUGUUUUCAUCCUCUCCAGCAUCCUCCGCAUCCGCUCCACUGAAGGCAGGUCCAAAGCCUUCAGCACCUGCAGCUCCCACAUUGUAGCUGUUGGUCUAUUUUAUGGGUCCACUGCAUUCAUGUAUUUAAAACCUUCAAAAGCCAGUUCCCUAGCCCAAGAAAAUGUAGCUUCUGUAUUUUAUACCACAGUGAUCCCCAUGUUAAACCCCCUAAUCUAUAGCCUGAGGAACAAAGAGGUAAAAGCUGCCUUGCAAAAAACCUUGAGGAAAAAUAUGUUCUGA